CACGACGGCCGUUAUAUCUCGCUGCAGGUCCCCCGUAUUUUUCUGCCGUUGCCCGCCGCGCGUGCAGCUUCCAAACCCGACCCCUCCCUCCCGCGAACUCCCGCCUGUGCCCUCAAGCUCAGGCAUAUACUAUAAAGAAACUCCGAGCACACCCAUCCUUCGGUCGUUAAUCACGCGAGCUUGCUGGCACUUCGGCUACCCCUCGUACCUUUGCGGUUCAGCUUCGUGAUAGAAUAUCGCACUGCAUCACCAUGUCGGCACCUCGGACUCGACGGCGAGCUGCCCAAGAAAAGCUCGGGCAUGGCUCCGACGACGACCGCACCGCUGCUGUUGUUGACGGCAACGGCUCAACUCGCGAUGCGCCGGAAGCCUCGGACUCUGACGGCGACGAGAACAUCUUUCUGUUCUGGCCCAACAUUAUAGGCUACUGCCGAAUCGUCCUUGCCAUUGCGUCCCUCUACUAUAUGCCGCUACACCCUCGCACGUGCUCCCUGCUCUACAGCGUCUCUUGCUUGCUCGACGCUCUCGACGGAUAUGCUGCCAGAUUCUUCAACCAGUCGACUCGCUUCGGCGCCGUCCUGGACAUGGUCACGGACCGCUGCACCACCUCGUGCUUGCUGGUCUUCCUGUCUUCGGCCUUCCCGCGAUGGGCCAUUGUCUUCCAGGGCUUGAUUGCGCUCGACUUCUCUAGCCACUACAUGCACAUGUACGCCACUCUGGUUGUUGGAGGUUCCGACUCGAGCCACAAGAACAUCGACAAGAGCCAGAGCUGGCUGCUGAACCUGUACUACACCAACAAGAUUGUUCUUUUCGUCUUCUGCAUGUUCAACGAAGUUUUCUUCAUUGCGCUCUACCUCCUGUCCUUCUCCUCGCCCCUCCUUUCACCCCACCUCAUCAAGAGCGUGGAGGAGACCAGCGGUGGCCAGAUUCAGCCCGGCGUCCCAGUCAACACCUCUCUGCUCCGACAAAUGUUCCCCGAUCCCUUCAGCGCCGCUGCCCUUGAGAUUGCCCGAGCAAACAAGAUGGACUCUACCCUCCCCUGGAUCAUCACUGGUAUCAGCUUCCCAAUCAUGUUGGCCAAGCAGAUCAUCAAUGUGGUCCAGCUGGUCAAGGCGAGCAGGUGGCUCGCUGAGGUUGAUAUCAAAUCGCGAAAGGCAAAGGGUCUGAACAAGAAGGCCAGAAAGGCUUAA